AUGGCGACGAGGGCGGCUUCGUCGUCUUCCAGUCUCCCCAAAUCUGGAGCUAUCUCCAAAGGCUACAAUUUCGCUUCCACUUGGGAACAGAGCGCUCCGUUGACAGAGGAGCAGCAAGCAGCUAUAGUGUCUUUAUCCCACGCAGUCGCUGAGCGGCCAUUUCCUGCAAAUCUUGUACAUGAGCAUGUUCACAGGCCCGAGAAUGGCUUGGCUGUAUCUGCGGAGGACACAAACUUGAUAGAUUCUGGAGCAAUUGAAGCUGUUUUGGUUAAUACGAAUCAGUUCUACAAAUGGUUUACUGAUCUUGAAUCAGCGAUGAAGUCUGAGACAGAGGAAAAGUAUCGGCACUAUGUCAGUACUUUAACUGAGCGUAUCCAGACGUGUGAUAAUAUACUUCACCAGGUUGAUGAAACGCUCGACCUAUUUAAUGAACUGCAGCUUCAACAUCAAGCAGUAACAACAAAGACUAAAACUCUUCAUGAUGCAUGCGACCGACUGUUAAUGGAGAAGCAGAAAUUGAUGGAGUUUGCGGAAGCACUGAGGAGUAAGCUCAACUAUUUUGAUGAAUUGGAGAAUAUAUCCUCCAAUUUUUAUUCUCCAAAUAUGAAUGUAUCAAACUCUAACUUUCUCCCACUACUGAAACGGCUGGAUGAGUGCAUAUCGUACAUCGAAAGUAAUCCUCAAUAUGCGGAGUCUAGUGUUUAUUUGCUCAAAUUUCGCCAGCUUCAGUCACGGGCCUUGGGCAUGAUUCGAACUUACAUCCUUGCAGUGCUCAAAACUGCUGCUUCCCAGGUUCAGGCAGCAUUUCGCGGGACAGAUGGAAACAAAACAUCCGUCUCGGAGGGUGUCGAGGCAUCUGUUAUAUAUGUUCGCUUCAAGGCUGCUGCAAGUGAGCUUAAACCUGUAUUGGAGGAAAUCGAGAGUAGGUCAGCAAGAAAGGAAUAUGUUCAAAUCCUUUCAGAAUGCCACAGACUAUACUGUGAACAACGGCUUUCUCUUGUCAAAGGCAUAGUUCAGCAACGAGUAUCUGAUUUUUCCAAGAAAGAGGCACUGCCAUCUUUGACUAGAUCGGGUUGUGCUUAUCUGAUGCAGGUUUGUCACAUGGAGCAUCAACUAUUUACUCAUUUCUUUCCAGCAUCAUCAGAAGAAGUUUCAAGUCUGGCACCUUUAGUGGAUCCCUUGUCCACGUACUUGUAUGACAUUUUACGCCCAAAACUGAUUCAUGAAGCAAAUAUUGACCUUCUUUGUGAGCUCGUUCAUAUCCUUAAAGUUGAAGUCUUGGGGGAGCAGACAGCUAGACAGAGUGAAACCAUGGCCGGACUGCGGCCUACAUUACAAAGAAUUUUAGCCGAUGUUAAUGAGAGAUUGACUUUUCGUGGCAGGACAUAUAUUCGAGAUGAGAUUGCAAAUUAUAUUCCAUUGGAUGAAGAUCUGGAUUACCCUGCAAAGCUGGAGGGAUCUCCUAAUACAACAUCUGAAACUAAUCCCGAGGAUGAUGAAAACGCUGAUGUAUUUAAGAGUUGGUAUCCACCUCUGGAAAAGACUCUCUCUUGUCUAUCAAAAUUAUAUCAUUGCUUGGAGCCUGCAGUCUUCACUGGACUAGCACAGGAAGCUGUAGAAGUUUGCUCUCUGUCAAUCCAAAAAGCGAGCAAGCUUAUCAUGAAGCGAUCAACUACAAUGGAUGGCCAGCUGUUCCUUAUCAAGCACCUCCUUAUCUUGAGGGAACAGAUUGCGCCUUUUGACAUAGAAUUUUCAGUCACCCACAAAGAGCUUGAUUUCUCCCAUUUGCUGGACCACGUGAGGAGGAUACUUAGAGGCCAAGCGUCACUCUUUGACUGGUCUAGGUCAACCUCCCUAGCAAGGACUCUGUCACCUCGAGUUUUGGAGAGUCAAAUAGAUGCCAAGAAGGAAUUGGAAAAAUGUCUAAAGACAACUUGUGAAGACUUCAUCAUGUCAGUCACUAAGCUCGUUGUGGAUCCUAUGCUUUCAUUCGUGACCAAGGUCACGGCCAUAAAAGUUGCUCUUUCCACUGGAACUCAGAAUCAAAAAGUCGAUUCUGUCAUGUCUAGGCCACUGAAGGAACAGGCUUUUGCUACUCCAGAUAAGGUCGCUGAACUUGUUCAGAAGGUCUACGCUGCAAUACAGCAAGAGUUGCUUCCGAUCUUAGCCAAAAUGAAACUGUAUCUGCAAAACCAAUCGACAAGGACCAUACUUUUCAAGCCGAUCAAGACAAAUAUUGUGGAAGCUCAUACACAAGUGGAGUCUUUGCUCAAAUCUGAGGCUUGCUCGCUUAUUGUAGCUCGCAUCUGCUUCCUCAAUCCGUAUGAGCAAACGAUUUGUGGAAUUUUCUUGCAAGGUCAAAAAAUGGCGGAGAAAGGCUCUGUUGAUGGGAUUCUAGAGUUUCUCAAGAGGAACCGUUUCUCUAAAGCAGAGGAAGCUCUGCGCAAUGAGCUGAACAACAGGUCUGACUUAAACGGGUUUCUUAAAAAUCUCACCUUGGAGGAGGAAAAAGAUUCAGAUGAAAGUGGUGCUACUAGUAACAAUGAGCUUCGGAGAAGGUCAGGCUCUGGAGAUAGUGAAGUCUCCAAGGAGCUGAUUGUGAAAGAGAUUGACUUUGGAACCGGCACGAACGGGUCUGUUCUCAAAUGGGAAAACGGAGGUGAGAAACCUACUAAGAAGGAGACUAUUGCAUCAAGUGAAACCAGCUUCACAUUCUCCAAGAACUCUGGUGAUGCUGCUGCUGCUGCUCCUGAUGCACGUCCCUAUAAGUUUACUUCAGGGAAUGGUACCUUGGAGCCUUAUCGAAACGUUGAUGAUGUUGAUAAGAAGAUAGUGGAAACUGGUGAAGAUAUUGUCUUCUUUGGGAAUAAGAGUACUACUUCUUGGUCUGGAAAUGCUGAUAAAGGGAACUCAGCAAAUGAGAUUGAUCGGCUGAUUGAAAAUUUUGGAAAGCAAGAGAGCUUUAUGAGUAGUAGCACUCGGUUACGAGGUGAGAAUGUUGUGGAUACAACGUCAGAGAGCUGGAGAGAGUGUUAUGCGUCAACGAGUAACAACAAUCUGGUGACCAGCUCGGAGAAAAGAGAAGGGAAGAAGAAGGCAGAGGUUAGUGAUGUGAGAGCGGUGAUCAAGGAGCAGGAGAGCGAGGUUGCAAGAGCUUUGUUCUUCGGUAAAACUCAGUCUAGUUUUGAUGACAAGAGUAUAGGUUUCCCGCUUGUUUAUGAUACUAGGAAGGAAGAGUUUCCUAGGCUGCCUCCUGUUAAGCUCAAGUCUGAAGAGAAUAAUCCUCUGAGUCUUUACUGUGAUGAGAAGUUUGAGCGUGAUGGUGGUUCAGGUCCAAGGCUGAUCAAUGAUGACGAGGCCCUUCUCAUUGGCUCUUACCUUGACGUUCCCAUUGGUCAAGAAAUCAGCUCAUCAGGUGGGAAGAAAUCUGCUGGAGGAAACUGGCUUUCAGUGAGUCAGGGAAUAGCAGAGGAUGCGUCAGAUCUUGUAUCCGGCUUUGCUACCAUUGGUGAUGGUUUGAGUGAAUCUGUAGACUACCGGAAUGAGUACUGGGACUCUGACGAGUAUGAGGAUGAUGACGACAUUGGUUACGUCAGACAACCUAUUGAGGAUGAGACAUGGUUUCUUGCUCAUGAGAUUGACUAUCCAAGCGAUCAUGAGAAAGGCACGACCAGGGAAAGUCCUGAUCACCGUGAAAGAGAUGCAACCAAAGACGAGGAUGAUCAGUCUUACGCAGAGGAGGCUUCUUAUGCUGAGCCUAUCUCUUCGGAGAACGACAGAAGACUUACUGUCUCAGAAAUCUAUCCAGCUAGCAAGAAGAAUGAUUUAAUAGGCCAAUAUGAUGAGGAAGUGCGUGAUGAGCCUGUUUGGCAAGGGUUUGUAGCUCAGACGAAUGAGCUUCUCAUGUUAGGUGAUAAUAAGAAAGCGCAUAGAAAGUCUCAUCUUGAUGAUGUUUGCCUAGAAGAUGAUCAGCAUGACUCGGUCAGGUCGAUUGGUGUUGGUAUCAACAGUGAUGCAGCUGAUUUCGGCAGUGAAGUGCGUGAGAGUUUGGCUGGAGGGAGCAGCGAGGGAGAUUUCGAAUACUCUCGUGAUCAUGAUGGUGUAGUAGCGUCCAGGUUUAAACAGCUUUACUCUGAGCCAGAUAAGAAACACAAGAAAGCAAGUAGAAAUGAUGAUUCAGGCGGAAGUUUCCAUGUCAAGACUCAAACUGAUGGAGGCUUUUCGUUUGGUUCCUCGCAGAAAGAUAGGCAGUUGUUGAUGCAUGCGGAGUCUAGUAAAUCAUUAGGCAGAGAUAAGAAUGCUUCAACAGCUACUGAUGAUAUGGUUGCAACUUGGAGACGGAAGAGUAGUGAUUCGUCAAGCUCUCAAAGCUCUGUGAAAGAAGAUAACGCAACGUCUGUAAAAUCUGCAGACUCGUCUCCUUCUUCUCUGUCGAACUAUGCUCGCGAGGAGAGAAAGCAUGGUGAGAAAGAAGAUGACAGAAGUGAUAGCAGUGAGAGAGAUGAUGACCAUGUGACAGCACUUGAUGAUGAAGAGGCAGUGGCUGUGCAAGAGCAAGUAAGACAGAUUAAGGCCCAAGAAGAGGAGUUUGAAACCUUUGACCUCAAAAUUGUUCAUAGAAAAAACAGGACUGGUUUCGAAGAGGAAAAGAACUUCCACGUGGUGUUAAACUCGGUGAUUGCUGGGCGUUACCAUGUCACUGAGUAUCUUGGAUCAGCAGCGUUUAGUAAAGCCAUACAGGCGCAUGACUUGCAGACAGGAAUGGACGUUUGUAUAAAGAUUAUAAAGAACAACAAAGACUUCUUCGACCAGAGUCUUGACGAGAUAAAACUUUUGAAGUAUGUCAACAAGCAUGAUCCUGCUGACAAGUACCAUCUUCUCCGGUUGUAUGAUUACUUCUACUACCGAGAGCACUUGCUAAUUGUAUGUGAACUUCUCAAGGCCAAUCUAUACGAAUUCCACAAAUUCAACAGAGAAUCAGGUGGUGAGGUUUAUUUCACAAUGCCGAGAUUGCAGUCAAUCACUAUCCAGUGUCUUGAAGCACUUCAGUUUCUACAUGGACUUGGACUUAUACACUGUGAUUUAAAGCCUGAGAACAUAUUGGUGAAGAGCUACAGCAGAUGUGAAAUAAAAGUCAUUGACCUCGGAAGUAGCUGUUUCGAGACGGAUCAUCUAUGUUCCUAUGUCCAAUCAAGGUCAUAUCGAGCACCAGAAGUCAUCUUAGGUCUUCCUUAUGAUAAAAAGAUCGACGUUUGGUCUCUUGGUUGCAUUUUGGCUGAACUAUGUACAGGCAACGUUCUUUUCCAGAAUGAUUCUCCAGCUAGUUUGCUUGCAAGGGUUAUGGGAAUCGUGGGAUCUAUCGACCAUGAAAUGCUUACCAAAGGACGUGACUCCCACAAAUACUUUACGAAAAACCGAAUGCUCUACGAGCGUAACCAGGAAAGUAGCAGAUUGGAGUAUUUGAUACCUAAAAGGACAUCGUUGAGACAUAGGCUACCAAUGGGAGACCAAGGAUUCACAGACUUUGUGGCUCAUCUUCUUGAGAUUAACCCAAAGAAGCGUCCUUCUGCAUCAGAGGCUCUCAAGCAUCCUUGGCUUUCAUACCCUUACGAGCCAAUCUCUGCUUGA